CCGUUUAACCUGCAGUCCCAAAAUCCAUGGAUAACCGAAUCAACCCUUUAAUAUAUUUCUUUAUAUUAAUCAUAAUGAUCAAAGUGAAAUUUGUGAGCGGUUACGAUCCAGAUGAUAAAGAAAUAAGUUCCGUUGUGACCCCUAACGGCACUUUCGAAGCAUUCUACGCCAAAGAUCCGGGAACAGGGUCGGCUCGGGCAGCACAUUCACAUGGAAGUUUCUUCAAAUACCGCAAUCCGGCAUUGGUGGACACCAAGAAUGCGGCCGCCUACGGAUAUAGAUUCGACGGCAAGAGAAGAUUCAAUUAUGAGUGAAAUCUGAAAUCAUGUCUUAUUUCAUUUAUGUAUGUUUUGAUUUAACAUAAUUUGGAAUGUUUUUUUUUUAUUAAAUGAAUUCCGUUUA